AUGCCGUCCAGACACUCAUCUUCAACCUCUUCGCGCGCACCGCUUGAAGACUCGCGUGCGGCAAAUCGUUCCAUCUCGACCUCGUUUGCCGGCACCAAAGCCUCGCUGUCCGCCAAAUCAUCGUCUUCAAGAAAGAGCUCAACAACAGCCUCGUCAUCCUCGUCUUCAAAGUCUCGCUCUGCGUCUGGGAAGCACCGCGGACGUUUCGACGAUGAUGACGAUAUCGCAGAAGAGGAUGAGGACGACGACGACGAUGGCGAUGACUACGAUGAAGAGGAUGAGAACCACAACCGUCCCUCCAAUGGGCGCAAACCGUCCGGCGCUCUGUCGAAAUCCACUUCCAGACCGCCUUCGGCGCCAUCCAGUCGUCAGGUGUCAGCAUCCAACAACGCCAACCGCUCCGUGCUCGCGCGCUCGAAUCCAAACGCGUCCAUACUGAUGGGCGGUGCUGGCAACACAUCCGUUGCAUUCCAGGCCUCGCGUGUCGCGGCGCUCGCCAGAUCCCACGCCGUCGUCGAUGCUUCUUCCAUCAUGCGUCCGCGUGGUCAGGCCGGACCUCCAGCCGCCAGUGCCGCAUCAGCAGCUAGUGAUCCCAAAGUUGCGGGCGCUGUCGCUGCCUCCAUCAAUGUAGACACCUCCAGCUUCGAAGAAUGGAUGAAGAUGGCCACCGACAACAAGAUCAACUCGACCAACACCUGGUCCUUUGCCCUCAUCGAUUACUUCCACGACAUGUCGCUCCUCCGCAAUGAGAGCGGUGAUGGCAGCAUCAACUUCCAGAAAGCCUCGUGCACGCUCGACGGAUGUGUCAAGGUUUGGACGUCUCGUGUCGACUCGGUCGUUGUAGAGACUGGAAAGCUUCUCUCUGGUCUGCAGGACGACCUGGAUCAGGCCACACGCAAAGACAAACGCGGCGGCCAGGAGGGAGAGGAUGACGAUGCUGACGACGACGAUGAGGACGGCAGCGGCAACUCGACGCGAAAGCGAAAGAGGAACAAGGAGGCUACCCUCGCCAAGACGUUUGGUCACAUCCAGAUCAAGAAAUUCGAGCUCGAGUUCACGGUCGAUCCGCUCUUCAAGAAGACUUCUGCCGACUUUGACGAGGGCGGCGCCAGCGGCUUGCUUAUGAACCAUUUGGGCGUCGACUCGUCUAUGGCUGUCAUCUUUGAUGCCAGCGAUGUAGCCGGAGUCGGCAGCGAAGAAGAUAUGGCCAAGAUGCUCUCUGUUGGCGAAGACGGCGAGGCAGACGGCGAAGCAGACAGUCCCGCUCCCGCCGCUGCGGAAGAGGACGAAGACGAGUUGAUCGACCUGUCCAAGCUCGCCUCCAAAUGGCUCGACUCGGACGAGUUUGGCAACGCCGACGGACCUUCCGACGACGUGGCUGCGCUGCUCUCACGCCGGGUCCUGUGCCCUACACUGUGCAACUUCCGCUUCUCCAAGGACGACGACACACCCUUCGGCGUCGGUCUCGACGAAUUCAACCAGCAGACCUUCCACACGGCUACGCACGCCGAUACCUACUACGACUCGCAGAGUGUCCACGGCUUGCGUGCCGCAUCCGAGGAGUUCGACGAGGUAAACCUCCCGAUGGACGGAGGAGCCGGCGAGGGCGACUUCUUCGAGACCGACAUGGGUGGACCCAUGGACGACAACGACGACGACGGCGACGACUUCUUCAAUGCACUUGAGGCUGCGCCCGCUUUCCAUCAUGGCGGUCCCUCCGUGAUCGAUGGCACUACUGGCAACGUCAACGGAUACGGACCCUUUGAUCCCUCGGCGGGUCCAUCUUCUGAGCUUGUCAUGGCGAUGGCUUUCAACCCAUCAACUGGAAUGCCUACUGACGGUGCCGAUGGCGAGAAUGGCAGCGAUCUGUUCGACUACUUUGACCGACGUCUCAUGCGCAACUGGGCCGGUCCCGAACACUGGAAGCUUUCUCGUGUAGCUGCCUCGGGUCCUUUGGCUCUCGGCGCGUCGACAGGUGCUGCUGCUCAGGCGGCUGCAGCUGCUCGCAAGGAAAGCAAAAAGAGCAAGGAGCCGUUCGUCAUCGAUUUCCUCUCUGAAGAGGGUGCGGUCAACGUCAAGGAGAUCUUUGAGCCCGCCAAGCAGGCGGCCGCCAUCACUCUUCCAGUCAGCGCUCGCAACAAGAUGGCGAGUCUGGCCGCCUCGUCAUCCGAUGCUUACCUGCUGCCGGAGGAUCGCCACUUCACAUCGAAGCAGCUCUUGCGGCUGUUCCUGAAACCGAGAGUGGCGAUCAACAUGCGUCACAAGGGGCAGCAGAGCGGUGGUGGAUUCGGCGGCGACGAGCAGCUGUGGGCUGACGUUGCGGGCGAUGCGGAAGAGGUGGGCGGUGCAGAUGGCGGCAUGCCCUUUGACACGCAGUUCUUCCACGAUGCCGAUGACGGCUUCGAUGCCAAUGGCGGUGGACUGGGUGGUCUCGACGACUCGCCGGAGAAUGUCACCGCUGGUGGCGAUGCGGAAGACGAGGAGCUUACACAGACGCUGCAAGCGCUCAACCGCGUCAAGCCCGAGUACGUCAACUAUGCCAAGAAGGCUAAGAGGGUCGACGUCAAGAAGCUCAAGGAGAACAUCUGGAAGGAGCUUGGCAUUCUGGGCUCUACCACCGACGACCCGGCAGCGGCUGCAGCGGCUGCUGGCAACGAGGAUGGCGACGAGUCCAUGGCGUCGACCGUCGCGGAUGCGGCUGGCGGCGUCAAGACAUUCGAGUCGGUGCUGUCCGGCUUGCAGAAGGCGUAUACGCAGGACAGAAUGGAAGAGAUCUCGACGUCGUUCUGCUUCAUCUGCUUGUUGCACCUUGCCAACGAGGAAGGAUUGGCCAUCGACACUGGUUCGCAGGAUAAGAUCGAGGCGUUGCGUGCCAAGCGUGGGCGCGACAGCACGACGCCGACGAGAGGCGACGUGGGGGGAGGACUGUUCGGCCGCCUCGCUGCAGGGAGGGUGAUGCAGAGUAGCAGCGAGGACGAUGAUUUGGGAGGAGAGGGUGAAGAGGCGGUGGAGGGUGAGGAAGGGUAUGAAGAGGACGAGCUGCGUGUGGGCAGGUUGUCGUCGUUGAGGAUUAUGAAGGAUCCCAAGGCGUAUCGAUCGGCGUGA